AUGAAGAGUGAUAGUCCUGAAGUGAGUAAUUUAUUUUUUGCAUUAGAGGUCAUCGCGUGGGGUGACAUUAGGUUUGGGGUUACCAUGAAGGGGCUUCAAACAAAAAUCGCAAUUGAUAAAAGUGUUGAAUUGUUGAUCGAUAACAUUGGAGACGUAUUAGCAAAGAUAAUUGCUACCGUGAAAAGACUACUGAAAAAUACCUUGCCAUUUCGAAGAGAUGAUGAGAGGCUACAUGUUGAGAACAAUGGCCUCUUUUUACAAAUUAUGGAAAUGGUUAGUGAGUUUGAUCUAGUAAUGCAAGAGUACCUUCGAGUAAGAGAGAUUCAAUAUACGUAUCUUGACAAAAAAAUCCAAAAUGAGUUGAUACAAUCGUUGGCUAAUGAGGUGAGAAGUUCAAUUGUUAAGAAAGUUAAAUAUGCAAAAUAUUUUGCAAUUAUACUCGAUCGUACUCCAGAUGCAAGUCACGAGGAGCAAAUGUUUUUAAUAGUACAAUUUAUUGAUGAUUCGACAAACUUACCUACAAUUGAAGAACAUUGGCUUGAAUUUUUGAAAGUAGAUGACACAAUAAGACUUGGAAUCGAGCUUCAAAAGGUUUUGAUCAAACUCGAUCUGGAUAUUGAUGACAUUUGA